AUGGACACGGCGGCAUCACCGUCCUCUUCCCCAUCGGAAGAGCCUCAAAAUCAAAAUCAACAUCACGAUCUUCAACAUCAACUUCAACAAGAACAACAGCAACAGCAGCAGCUUUCUCCAGUUAAAGAUUUUCUUCACAAAACCAAAACGAUUCAAUUUCUUGGACGCACCACUCCGAUCGUCCUUCAAAACGACAAUGGACCUUGUCCUCUCCUCGCUAUUUGUAAUGUUCUUCUGCUAAGAAACCAGUUAGGUUUGAGCCUGGAUGUGGCUGAAGUCUCACAGGAGAAGUUGCUUUCAUUGGUCGCCGAACGAUUGAUUGAUUCAAAUAGUAAUGUGAAUAACAAAGAUGCAGGCUAUGUCGAAAAUCAACAGCAGAACAUUUCUGAUGCAAUUGAUUUGCUCCCUAGGCUUGCCACCGGAAUUGAUGUAAAUCUAAAAUUUACGAGAAUAGAUGAUUUUGAGUUCACUUCAGAGUGUGCCAUAUUUGAUUUGCUGGACAUCCCAUUGUAUCAUGGCUGGAUAGUUGAUCCGCAGGAUCAUGAUACCGCAACUGCAAUUGGAUCGAAGUCCUAUAAUGCCCUUAUGGGAGAGCUUGUUUCUCUUGAAACACGGAACAUUGAUACCCUACCAAAAAAUAACCCAGAAGAAGAAGAUUGUGUUGAUUUUGUGGCCGCAACAACUGCUGCUCUUGGAGUUCCUUCUCCUAGUCUUUCGAAAGCUAUGUCUUUUAAUGAUUCUCCACAUUCUGUUUCUGAUCAGGCACCAAGAAAAGGUGAUCUUGAAGAAGAAGAACAGUUGUUGAGAGCCUUGAAGAUGUCUGAAGCUUCAAUGAGUGAUCCCUUUGAGGGUCAUGCAAUUGAUAACAAGGGAGAAGUUUCUUUUGGUACAGACGGAAAUAUGUGUGACAAACAGGCUGUAACCGUUGAAUCGGAAGAUAGCUUAGGAAAGAACACUGGUAAAGAAAGCAAUGACUGCCAUGAAUCAGAAACCUCCGUACCUGAUGUUUGCACUGCUUCUAGCAAAGACUAUAAUGAAGAUACAUCUACAAUGGGGGAAACAGCUAAUUUGUGCUCAAAGAAUGACGCCGCAGGUGGCUUCCGUCAAUUAGCUUCUAUGGGACCUGAAGAAUCUAUUAAACAAAAUGAUGUAGAUGAGAAGCUAAACCUUGAUGCAUUGGUUCAGAACUGUGCAGAUGGUUUUAGGGGGGAUGAAAAUGUUCACAAUCAAUCCUCUCUUAUUGCAACUAUAGAUCAUGAAGUUUCAGAUGAAUCUCAAGGACUUGAUGCAACAGGAGCACCAUGCUUAUCUUCCAGCCAUACGAAUUCGGAUUCUUACAAUAUCAGAUUUCAUCAAACUGAUGCUUCUGGAGCAUUCCCUUCAACUGUUGAUAGGAGUGAGCCCUUGUAUGAAGGAGAGGAAUGUGUAUUGGAUACAAGAACUGGAAAUCUUGAGAAUCGUGAACCUGUUUAUGAAGGUGAGGUGGUGCUUCAGGAACAGGCUGACAAAAGCACCUUAGCUGUCCUUGAUCUAAGAGCUAAGGAAGAAAUAACUCCAGAACAAGGAGAACAUGCCAAGAAUUUUUUGAGGAAUAAUGCCAGUCAGUUGACAUUUUACGGGCUUUUCUGCCUACAAGAUGGUCUUAAAGAGCGUGAGUUAUGUGUUUUUUUCCGAAACAAUCAUUUCAGCACCAUGUUUAAGCUUGAGGGUGAACUUUAUCUUCUAGCUACUGACCAAGGCUACAUAAAUCAGCCUGAUCUGGUUUGGGAAAAACUGAAUGAGGUCAAUGGUGACACAUUGUUUAUGACUGGCAAUUUCAAGGAAUUCAAGGUUGAAAGCCACGAAAAUAACACUUGGGAUGAGAACAAUGUUAUGACCAGCACUGCUGACUAUCUUGCCAGCAUAGAUAGUGCAACACAGGCAGGCUUAGAUAUCAAUUCUGAUUUGCAACUAGCAAUAGCCUUGCAACAACAAGAGUUUGAGCAGCAGCCACCACGUCAGAUUCAACAAACACCAUCCACUAGUGGUAGUUCCAGACUGGUCACCGGUCCCCAGGUGGCAAGGAGCACGGUAAGGAAUCCAUCUUCAUCUCCCAAGCCUGAGGCAAAAUCCAAAGAAAAAUGUACAGUGAUGUGA